UUACUGGAUUUUCUCUAGUAUAAUCUACUCCGUAGUUACUGGAAUUGGUAAAUUGGCGAUGAUGAAAGCUGACGAAUUGGCAGUCAUUUGUGUAGCGCCUUGUUGAGUUUAAGCUUCAACACAGAGUAGGGGCUUGAGCUGUUUCGAGGAAGCUUCGUCGUCCUCUACUUUUCUAGUUUUCUUAUCUGAGCUCUUAUUUACCUACUUUCCGGCGUCUUAACGGCGGGCAUCUCUCUCCGUUCUUAGCAAAAACAAAACAGAUCCUUGCUUCUGCUAUCCUCUCUCCACACACACAGUAGCAAAAUGAUACAUGAUACACACAACUAGUUAGCUGGCUUUGGUGUCUACUCUUUUUCGUACUCUAAUCCGAAAGCUCGAAUCAGUUGAAAAGGAGAAUCAGCAAUUUUCAAUUCUCAACCCGGUAAAAGUUCACCUUUCUGACUUGCUAUAGCCUUUUGUCUUAUUUGGUUCAUUUCAAUUUUCAAGGAACGCCGGAUCUGCUCGUUUAUUGUUCGCGCCGAUUCACUUGGACUCAUGAUUGAAUUGAGUGCGCUUUUCUGAUUAAACGUUUUAAUUGCAACAUUUCUGUUCCAUAGUGAGAGAAUUUUCAGCGCUGGUCAUGAGGAAAUUAUCCAAAGCUUUUAAUGCCGUGUAGGCUCUUUUUGCUGUAUUCAGUCUUUGAUUAUUUUGCUCACUUCCAAUCCACUUCGUAUACUAAUAUUCAUUUUGGGCAGUCUGAGUGUGACACGAUUGGUUAAGCUCAACUACAACAAAUUUACCCAGAGAAGGCCAUUUGGUUAUCUGCUGGUUUAAUAGUGUGCUGUAAUUCAUCACGCCUGAAGUUCUGUGCAUUUAGGACAUUGGAUGGGUUGUUGAUACAGAAGUGUUACGAUGGGAUCUGCAGGGGUUAGUCUUGAUCUUGAAUCUGAUGAGAUCCCCCUGAGCUCAUCUCAUAGAAUAAGUAAAAUCGAAACUUUGCAUUAUGAAGCGCCUCAUAAUCAUAUUCCGUGGACCAGAGCUUUUUCAUCUUCAAGAUUCUUUAGAACAAUGAAUCAGAAUACUGCUCUCAGAAGUAUUUACAUCAUUCUAAUAAAAGCAAAGAUCAAUGUGUUGCUUCCUUUUGGCCCACUAGCAAUAUUGCUGCACUAUGUCACUGGGAAGCAUGCCUGGGUAUUUUUUUUCAGCUUAUUGGGCAUUACACCAUUAGCUGAGCGCCUAGGAUAUGCUACAGAGCAGCUGUCGUUUUAUACCGGGCCAACAGUUGGUGGCCUUCUAAAUGCUACUUUUGGCAAUGCUACUGAAAUGAUAAUUUCAAUAUAUGCAUUGAAGAAUGAUAUGAUGAGGGUUGUUAAACAAUCAUUGCUGGGUUCCAUUUUAUCAAAUAUGCUGUUAGUUCUUGGGUGUGCCUUCUUCUGUGGUGGGAUUAGGCAUUACAAAAAAGUCCAGGUUUUUGACAAGGCAAGUGCUAUUGUAAGUUCUGGGUUAUUAUUGAUGGCAGUGAUGGGCUUACUGUUUCCUGCAGUGCUUCACUUCACUCACACAGAGGUCCACUUUGGGAAGUCAGAGCUAGCUCUUUCUAGAUUCAGCAGCUGUGUAAUGCUAGUGGCAUAUGCUAGCUAUCUAUUUUUUCAGCUCAAGAGUGAGAGAAAUUUGUACAGUUCCACUGAUGAGGAGGGAGAAUCUAAUUCUGAAGGAUCUGAGGAAGAAGAAGCCCCUGAGAUCACACACUGGGAAGCCAUUGGCUGGCUUGCUAUUUUGACUAUAUGGAUUUCUGUAUUAUCUGGUUAUCUUGUUGAUGCUAUCGAGGGAGCAUCUGCCUCAAUGAAUAUGCCUGUCGCUUUUAUAAGUGUGAUCUUGCUUCCAAUUGUGGGGAAUGCUGCAGAGCAUGCGAGUGCAAUCAUGUUUGCAAUGAAAGACAAGCUGGAUAUAACACUUGGAGUAGCAAUUGGGUCAUCCACUCAGAUAUCAAUGUUUGUGAUUCCAUUCUGUGUAGUUGUGGGGUGGUUCAUGGGGAAGCCUAUGGACUUGAACUUCCAACUUUUUGAGACUGCAACACUUUUUAUUACAGUGCUAGUGGUAGCAUUUAUGCUGCAGGAAGGGACAUCAAACUACUUUAAAGGGUUGAUGCUUAUACUAUGCUACCUCAUUGUUGCUGCAAGCUUCUUUGUGCAUGUUGAUCUUCCAUAUGGUGCAGACUAAUGUUGAUGCCACGUCAGUUGCCUGCCCUACAAAGCAGCACUGUUUUUAUACAUAAAGAGAUGUAAACCUCUGGACAAGGAAGUGACAGUUUGAAAAGCUUAUUUGUCACACACACACGCCCACGGCUUUUCAAACAUAUAUACUUUCUGGCAUUGUGUGAUAUAUGUGUGUGUGUAUAUAUGCAUGCAUGCAUGCAUGUAUAAUGCAAAUCCUAUUUAUCAAUGUAAGAGAGCAGUCACGAUCUUCUACUAGAAGAAAAUAGGAUCAGACAUACAGCGGACAUCGUCCUGGCAAAGGCGCGGUGGUUAUCUUACAUAGACUAUUCCCAUAGUCAGGCAUUGAAAGUGUAAUAUUUUUUGUCAUCAUUUCAUAGAAUUUGAGUAUCCUUUGUUCAUAUCAUCUGCGGUAAUGUGUUUCUCCCUUCUG